CCGCAAUCGUAUAGACACCUCCAGCCCGUGGACGCGGCAAAGUCACGGCGCGUUGGAAGCUGAACAUCGUCGUUCUCGUUCUCGCCCCGUCGGCAGCGGAAGGUGUGGCGCAUGAUUCUUUCCGGAACAAAUGUGGCUGGUGGCAUCGUGACGGGCCGAAACUUUUUUGAGCACUUCCGAUUUCAGUUCUGGCGCGGUCGCCAUUGUCAUCCAAUUCAACCAUUCCUUUCACCCUGCUCGUGCUCUUUGCCCUCGCCACGUACAGCAUUUUCCUGCGGACUAUGGGAAAGUAGCAGAAUCCAUCAGAUCCAGGACUGCGGACAAUCAGACAAGCAACCCUUCAUCACCUCCCUUCCCACUACCUCCUCACCACCUCGCCAUCGGGCGCUCCUUCAAUCCCGUUGAUUGCACUGUCAUGGCCCACCGCGUCUUCACUCAAGCCGCCAUAACUGGCGCUCGCAUUCUGGGCACCGCCUUUCGCGAAGCCUACAAGCAGGCUGCCGCCUCACAAAAAUACGCAGCUGCCGCCGCUCGCUCUGGAAAGCACAACCCGCUGACCCACAGCGCUUCGGGCUUGACCCUAGAGGAAGCGUGCAAGAUUCUGAACGUGUCACCGCCAAAGCAGGGCAAGGUGGACAUGGAGCUCGUGACGGAGCGUUUCAAGCGCAUGUUCGACGCCAACGAUCCGAAGAAGGGUGGCAGCUUUUACCUGCAGAGCAAGAUUGUCAGGGCAAAGGAACGUAUCACCAGCGAAGUGAAUGAGAGGGCACGAGUUGCCGAAGAGACUGCCGAGGCAAAGCAAGGCUGGAACCCCAAAAUCUACAAGGACAGGUGAUGAGAUCGGGGCACCUCAUCGAAGAGACGGAGACCGAAAGAAAGAGCGAAACGGCGGGCCUCGCCUGUGGCUUCAUGGAACGUCAUCUUUAUAGAGUGCACGGGAUAACGGGUGGAAAACGUGUAUUUUACUCUUCUUGUGUGUGUAUAUGUGCAUGCGGCCGGCGUCGAUUGAUCUGCAUAUUGUUUGGUUUUUUUUUAUGGACAAGCUUUUUGCGAGCUGGAAGAAUAUCCCCCCUCUACAUUGCGGCAGAUUUUCAAGAAAGAAAGCAAAUCACGUCUGCCUAUGAGAACCGGCAUCAAUUUCAGCAGUAGCCGUGAGCAGGAUACCAUGUAGACUUGAGUCACUAGCUCAUUGGACAUUUGGAUGUGUUUACAUAUGAACAGAUCGGUGCUAGGAAGAAGCUGGCGGUAGAGAACGGGUGUAAAAUAAAUGGGCAGCGUUUUACCAAGGCUACGUGAAUGUCAUAUAUAUAUAUAUAUAUAUACCACAAGUACUGAUGAGCAAGGGCACCUUGGAUGAAAAUCUCACCAGGGUUAUGAAAACUGCUUCCCUGCCAGGAGUCUUCAAAACUUUCGUCGGCCAUCCGAAUCCUUUUGAUGUAUUGCAGAGUCUCUGGUAACUAGAAUACGAC